CUGCCGGUGACGAGAGAAAGACACGCUGAGAACAAGGGCCAUUUCACCAAGGGGUAAGUAAACUCUCGACUUUACUUUGACCUCCAACAUUCGAACCAUUUCACCCGUCUUUUGAUCAACGCAAGCCGCCGGCAUUGUUCGACCGCAGACCCCAUGCCCGUCACAACAAAGCGGACUGCCUACUUGUUCAUGCCUUGCCAGGCCCGAAGCCCCAUCCCAGCGAAUAAACGACCGCAGAGUGUUUGUUGUGCUCCGCUGUCUAUAACAAAUUUCUGUUAUAGCAACAACGAACAGCUGCAUCAUCUUUGACGACGAGAGGGUCCGUGACUCUUCUUUAUCCUCUGCCUUUGCUCACGCCAACCAGCCCGCCCAAACCGAUCCCACGGACGGACGAGCCACGACACGACAUCAACCGUUGGGUUCGGCAUUGCAGUCGACAUCCACCCAGUGUGCCCCGUCGUACCCUCCUUGCCUCCCUGUAUUCCAUUCCAUCCCCUGCCCUGCCAGCGGGUUGCCGAACCACAACACCCCAGGGGGCCUUCAACGAACACUUCAUCCAAACGCUGCUCAGCGGGGCCCAAAACCACCACGAGACGGGGCUCCCACGCGCCAGAGCCUGCGAUCCUCGGCGGUCAAACAAAGACACACACACACACACACCCAACCUCCCCUCCUUUCCCUCCACGCAAAUCUACCUACCUACCAGAAAUAACCGACCGACCGACCGACCAAAAGAGAAAAAUGGCGUCCCCCACCACGCCCCGAUUCUCCCACUCCCGCGAGAGCUCGGGCUUCGACUUCUCCCACUCGCCCUCGGAGAGGCGCCAGUCCCGCAGCUCGCUCGCGGGCCCGAACGACCCGGGCACCCCGCUGCGGAGCGGCUUCAACCCGGGCGGCGAGGGCGACAGCAUCAUGUUCAACACGAGCGGCAUGGGCCUCGGCGACGCGGACAACGGCGGCGGCAACGGGCUGGGCAACCUCGCCGACGAGCUGGCCGACGCCCUGUCGGACGGCGAGGACGAGGAGUACUACGACCAGAGCGGGGCCCCCGGCAUCAGCGUGGACACGGGCGACGAGGACGACAGCGGCAGGGACUACCAGAGCAGCGAUGCGCAGCGGCAGGACGGCAUACGGGACAGCGGGGUCGACGUCGGGAGCCCAGACGGCGGCAGCGGCGGCGGCGGCCGCAGGGCCAAGCACAUGAGCCUGACGCUGCCGCCGGCGGUGAACGGGCGCGGCCACCGCCGGAAGGCCAGCGACUACGACGGCAGCGAGUACGGCUCCGAGUCGGACCUCGAGUCGCCGGGCAUGUCGGCCACGCUGGUGGCGCGGAUGGACGCCGUCGAGUCGCUCGCGCGGCGGGGCACCGAGAACAACGGGGGCCACACGGACGGCGUGUUCAGGCGGGUGACGGACGGCCUGCGGGACCUGGCCCCGCAGUCGACCGUCGAGGCCAACACGACCCGGCUCAUCACGGCGCACUCGGCGCUCACGACACACCUCACCCACACGACCCGGCAGCUGCAGAACCUCGCCUUCCCGCUGCUCAACCCGCUCGCCGUGCCGCCCGACCCGGACACGAUCGACUCGCUCCUGCCGGAGCUGACCGCCCUGCAGGAGAUGAUGCCGCGCCCGCCCCAGGCCGCCCUCUCCAGCAUCAUGGGCCUGCGCGACCUGACCACCGACCUGGCGCAGACCCUGUCCUACCUCACCGACACGCUGCACAUGUCGCGGCAGACGUCGACCACGGCGGCGCGCAAGCUCCGGAGCGCCAAGGAGCUGGUCGCCGAGCUCAGGAGGGACGAGGAGCUGCGGGAGGAGGGCGAGGCCUGGCUGUCAAGGGGCAACUGGGGCGAGAGGCUGGAGAGGAGGGAGUGCGCCAGCGUGUGCGGCGACAUUGUGGGCGGGUUCGAGGAGGUGUGCGACGGCUGGAGGACGAGGCUCGCCCAGGCGGAGACGUCCCCUGCCUGAUAAUAGCCGCACAUACACAGAAACAGCCUCAGGGGGGCUUCCUUGCUCGUGAAAAGAAAAAGGCCGGGCUCGUUUAUCCCGUUGCGAAAGGCUACAACACGCACACACACACAACACACAACACACAACACAAUCUUGCUUGUACCGGGCCCUUAUUUAGACUGAACCCCCCCACCAGAGGGACGACCCGGACGUCACCGGGCGUCAGCCUUUCUACACUGUAAAUUUUCUUUUGUAUUCUGCAUAAUAGUGACGAUUGAUACCUUCGCGGGAGGGGAAGAGGUACAGGUGGCACGAGGCGUUCGGGAGAAAGACAAGACACUGACGGCGAGGGCACACCAGCCGUUCAUUGUUGGCUUUUGUUUUGUUGUUGUAUACAGAUAGACUGUAUGGAGACGAGGCGAACAGGAAAUCCACAGACUGACUGACUGACAGCCGUCGGGAUCAUAUUAACUACCAAUUCUGCAGACCCUGGCACCAGACAGAAGAGGAGAAACGUGAUGAAUCGUCACAUCACUUUGUGAAUCAAAAGAUGAAUUAAAAGGCCGCCCGCCCUUUUGAGGACCAGGACCAGAGUGAUAGCGAAACGAAAGACAGUCAAGCCAGCCAGUCAGUCAGUCAGCCCAUGCCCGCAGGUCAACGAGGACCUCAAGAGGUAUAUGAUCUCUCCACCAACAAAAGAAAUAUCCCAGAUAUCCAAAACCCAGGUUCAACCGGUCACUGUUGGUUACACACUUUGCAGCCUUCAUUAUUCUUCACAGUCUCAGCCCCAGCACCCGUGCG